UCAAAUGCUGCGGCGGGACGCCUGGGGCGGAGCGGAGCGCUGACUGGCGGGGUCGGUUGAGCUGGGGAGAUGUUGAAGUUUAAGUAUGGAGCACGGAAUCUGCCGGACGCUGGUGCUGCUGACUCCAUUGCCAGCCGGGCCUCCAGGUUGAAUCUUUUCUUCCAGGGGAAACCACCCUUCAUGACUCAACAGCAGAUGUCUCCUCUUUCCCGGGAAGGGAUAUUAGAUGCCCUCUUUGUUCUCUUUAAAGAAUGCAGUCAGCCUGCUCUGAUGAAGAUUAAGCACGUGAGCAACUUUGUCCAGAAGUAUUCUGACAUCAUAGCUGAGUUGCAGGAGCUCCAGCCUUCAGCAAAGGACUUUGAAGUGAGAAGUGUCGUAGGUUGCGGUAACUUUGCCGAAGUGCAGGUGGUCAGAGAGAAAGCGACCGGGGACAUCUACGCCAUGAAAGUCAUGAAGAAGAAGGCUUUGUUGGCCCAGGAGCAGGUUUCAUAUUUUGAGGAAGAACAGAACAUAUUAUCUCGGAGCACAAGCCCUUGGAUCCCCCAGUUACAGUAUGCCUUUCAGGACAAAAAUAAUGUUUAUCUGGUCAUGGAAUAUCAGCCUGGAGGGGAUUUGCUGUCACUUUUGAACAGAUAUGAGGACCAGUUAGAUGAAAAUAUGAUUCAGUUUUACCUAGCUGAACUCAUUUUGGCUGUUCACAACGUUCAUCAGAUGGGAUAUGUACAUCGAGACAUCAAGCCCGAGAACAUCCUCAUUGACCGAAUGGGACACAUCAAGCUGGUGGAUUUUGGAUCAGCUGCUAAAAUGAACUCAAAUAAGAUGGUGAAUGCCAAACUUCCAGUUGGGACCCCAGAUUACAUGGCCCCUGAAGUGUUGACCGUCGUAAAUGGGGACGGAAAAGGUGCCUAUGGCCUAGACUGUGAUUGGUGGUCGGUGGGAGUUAUUGCUUAUGAGAUGGUUUAUGGAAGGUCCCCAUUCACUGAGGGAACCUCAGCCAGAACCUUCAAUAACAUCAUGAAUUUCCAGCGGUUUUUGAAGUUUCCAGAUGAUCCCAAAGUUAGCAGUGAAUUACUUGAUCUGAUCCAAAGUUUGUUGUGUGGCCAGAAAGAGAGACUGACGUUUGAAGGCCUUUGCUGUCAUCCUUUCUUCUCUAAAAUCGACUGGAAUAACAUUCGAAACUCUCCUCCCCCCUUCGUUCCCACCCUCAAGUCUGAUGAUGACACCUCCAAUUUUGAUGAACCAGAGAAGAAUUCGUGGGUUUCAUCCUCUCCGUGCCAGCUGAACCCCUCAGGUUUCUCAGGAGAAGAACUGCCGUUUGUGGGAUUUUCGUAUAGCAAGGCACUGGGAAUUCUUGGUAGAUCUGAGUCUGUUGUGUCAAGUCUGGACUCCCCUGCCAAGACUAGCUCCAUGGAAAAGAAACUUCUCAUCAAAAGCAAAGAGCUGCAAGACUCCCAGGACAAGUGUCACAAGAUGGAGCAGGAAAUGACCCGGUUACAUCGGAGAGUGUCAGAGGUGGAGGCUGUGCUUAGUCAGAAGGAGGUGGAGCUGAAGGCCUCUGAGACUCAGAGAUCCCUCCUGGAGCAGGACCUUGCUACCUACAUCACAGAGUGCAGUAGCUUAAAGCGAAGUUUGGAGCAAGCACGGAUGGAGGUGUCCCAGGAGGAUGACAAAGCACUGCAGCUUCUCCACGAUAUCAGAGAGCAGAGCCGGAAGCUCCAAGAAAUCAAAGAGCAGGAGUACCAGGCUCAAGUGGAAGAAAUGAGGUUAAUGAUGAAUCAGUUGGAAGAGGACCUGGUUUCGGCCAGAAGACGGAGUGAUCUCUAUGAAUCGGAGCUCAGAGAGUCUCGGCUGGCCGCUGAAGAGUUCAAGCGGAAAGCAACAGAAUGUCAGCAUAAAUUGAUGAAGGCUAAAGAUCAGGGGAAGCCUGAAGUGGGAGAAUAUGCCAAACUGGAGAAGAUCAAUGCUGAGCAGCAGCUCAAAAUUCAGGAGCUCCAAGAGAAGCUGGAAAAGGCCGUGAAAGCCAGCACGGAGGCCACCGAGCUGCUGCAGAACAUCCGCCAGGCGAAGGAGCGGGCCGAGCGCGAGCUGGAGAAGCUGCACAGCCGCGAGGACUCUUCCGAAGGCAUCAGGAAGAAGCUGGUGGAAGCCGAGGAACGCCGCCACUCUCUGGAGAACAAGGUAAAGAGGCUAGAGACCAUGGAGCGUAGAGAAAACAGACUGAAGGAUGACAUCCAGACAAAGUCCCAACAGAUCCAGCAGAUGGCUGAUAAAAUUCUGGAACUGGAGGAGAAGCACCGAGAAGCCCAGGUCUCAGCCCAGCACCUGGAGGUGCACCUGAAACAGAAAGAACAGCACUACGAGGAAAAAAUUAAAGUGUUGGACAAUCAGAUAAAGAAAGACCUAGCCGACAAGGAGACUUUGGAGAACCUGAUGCAGAGACACGAAGAGGAGGCCCACGAGAAAGGCAAGAUUCUCAGCGAACAGAAGGCGAUGAUCAACGCCAUGGAUUCCAAGAUCAGAUCCCUGGAACAGAGGAUAGUGGAAUUGUCGGAAGCCAAUAAACUUGCGGCAAACAGCAGUCUCUUUACCCAGAGGAACAUGAAGGCCCAGGAAGAAAUGAUUUCAGAACUCAGGCAGCAGAAGUUUUACCUGGAGACACAGGCUGGGAAACUGGAGGCCCAGAACCGGAAGCUGGAGGAGCAGCUGGAAAAAAUCAGCCACCAAGACCACAGCGACAAGAAUCGCCUGCUGGAGCUGGAGACCAGGCUGAGGGAGGUCAGUCUAGAGCAUGAAGAGCAGAAACUGGAGCUCAAGCGCCAGCUCACGGAGCUGCAGCUCUCUCUGCAGGAGCGCGAGUCUCAGCUGACAGCCCUGCAGGCAGCCCGGGCAGCUCUGGAGAGCCAGCUCCGCCAGGCAAAGACGGAGCUGGAAGAGACAACAGCGGAAGCAGAAGAAGAGAUCCAGGCACUCACGGCACAUAGAGAUGAAAUCCAGCGCAAAUUUGAUGCCCUUCGUAACAGCUGUACUGUAAUCACAGACCUGGAGGAGCAGCUAAACCAGCUGACGGAGGACAACGCUGAGCUCAACAACCAAAAUUUCUACUUGUCCAAACAACUUGAUGAGGCCUCUGGCGCCAGCGACGAGAUCGUACAGCUGCGAAGUGAGGUAGACCAUCUCCGCCGCGAGAUCACGGAGAGGGAGAUGCAGCUCACCAGCCAGAAGCAAACGAUGGAGGCUCUGAAGACCACCUGCACAAUGCUGGAGGAGCAGGUCAUGGACCUGGAGGCCCUGAACGACGAGCUGCUGGAAAAAGAGCGGCAGUGGGAGGCCUGGAGGAGCGUCCUUGGUGACGAGAAGUCCCAGUUUGAGUGUCGGGUUCGAGAGUUACAGAGGAUGCUGGACACUGAGAAGCAGAGCAGGGCGAGGGCCGACCAGCGGAUCACCGAGUCGCGCCAGGUGGUCGAGCUGGCAGUGAAGGAGCACAAGGCUGAGAUUCUGGCCCUGCAGCAGGCUCUCAAGGAACAGAAGCUGAAGGCCGAGAGUCUCUCCGACAAGUUUUUUCCAAAUGUCCAGCUCAAUGACCUGGAGAAGAAACACGCCAUGCUUGAAAUGAACGCCCGAAGUUUACAACAGAAGCUGGAGACGGAACGAGAGCUCAAACAAAGGCUUCUGGAAGAGCAAGCCAAGUUACAGCAGCAGAUGGACAUGCAAAAGAGUCAUAUUUUCCGUCUGACUCAAGGGCUACAAGAAGCUCUGGAUCGGGCUGAUCUGCUGAAGACAGAAAGGAGUGAUCUGGAAUAUCAGCUAGAGAACAUUCAGGUUCUCUAUUCUCAUGAAAAGGUGAAAAUGGAAGGCACUAUUUCUCAACAAACCAAACUCAUCGAUUUUCUGCAAGCCAAAAUGGACCAACCUGCUAAAAAGAAAAAGGGUUUAUUUAGUCGACGGAAAGAGGACCCUGCUUUGCCCACACAGGUUCCUCUGCAGUACAAUGAGCUGAAGGUGGCUCUGGAGAAGGAGAAAGCUCGCUGCGCGGAGCUCGAGGAAGCCCUGCAGAAGACCCGCAUCGAGCUCCGCUCCGCCCGGGAGGAAGCUGCCCACCGGAAAGCCGCAGACCACCCGCACCCGUCCACGCCGGCCACCGCCAGGCAGCAGAUCGCCAUGUCCGCCAUCGUGCGGUCGCCCGAGCACCAGCCCAGCGCCCUGAGCCUGCUCGCCCCGCCGUCCAGCCGCAGGAAGGAGUCUUCGACUCCAGAGGAAUUCAGUCGGCGUCUUAAGGAGCGCAUGCACCACAAUAUUCCUCACCGGUUCAACGUAGGACUGAACAUGCGAGCCACGCAGUGCGCCGUGUGUCUGGAUACCGUGCACUUCGGGCGCCAGGCAUCCAAGUGUCUUGAAUGUCAGGUCAUGUGUCAUCCCAAGUGCUCCACGUGCUUGCCAGCUACCUGUGGCCUGCCAGCCGAAUAUGCCACGCACUUCACUGAGGCCUUCUGCCGUGACAAAAUGAACUCGCCGGGUCUCCAGACCAAGGAGCCCAGCAGCGGCUUGCACCUGGAAGGGUGGAUGAAGGUGCCCAGGAAUAACAAACGAGGACAGCAAGGCUGGGACAGGAAGUACAUCGUCCUGGAGGGCUCGAAAGUCCUCAUUUACGACAAUGAAGCCAGGGAAGCUGGACAGAGGCCGGUGGAAGAAUUUGAGCUGUGCCUUCCCGACGGGGACGUGUCUAUUCAUGGCGCCGUUGGUGCUUCUGAACUCGCAAACACAGCCAAAGCAGAUGUCCCCUACGUGCUGAAGAUGGAAUCUCACCCGCACACCACCUGCUGGCCCGGGAGAACCCUCUACUUGCUGGCUCCCAGCUUUCCCGACAAGCAGCGCUGGGUCACCGCCUUAGAGUCAGUUGUCGCAGGUGGGAGAGUGUCUAGGGAAAAGGCAGAAGCCGAUGCUAAAUUGCUUGGAAACUCGCUGCUGAAACUGGAAGGCGAUGACCGGCUCGACAUGAACUGCACGCUGCCCUUCAGCGACCAGGUGGUGCUGGUGGGCACCGAGGAAGGGCUGUACGCGCUGAACGUCUUGAAGAACUCCCUCACCCACGUCCCAGGGGUCGGAGCAGUCUUCCAGAUUUACAUCAUCAAGGACCUGGAGAAGCUCCUCAUGAUCGCAGGAGAAGAGCGGGCCCUGUGUCUCGUGGACGUGAAGAAAGUGAAACAGUCCCUCGCACAGUCUCACCUUCCCGCCCAGCCGGACAUCUCACCCAACAUCUUCGAAGCCGUCAAGGGCUGCCACUUGUUUGCUGCCGGCAAGAUUGAGAGCGGGCUCUGCAUCUGUGCGGCCAUGCCCAACAAAGUUGUCAUUCUCCGCUACAACGAAAACCUCAGCAAGUACUGCAUUCGGAAAGAGAUCGAGACCUCGGAGCCCUGCAGCUGUGUCCACUUCACCAACUACAGUAUCCUCAUCGGAACCAAUAAAUUCUACGAAAUUGACAUGAAGCAGUACACGCUGGAGGAAUUCCUGGAUAAGAACGACCAUUCCUUGGCGCCUGCCGUGUUUGCCUCCUCUUCCCACAGUUUCCCUGUGUCCAUCGUGCAGGUGAACGGCGCGGGGCAGCGGGAGGAGUUCCUGCUCUGCUUCCAUGAGUUUGGGGUGUUCGUGGAUUCUUAUGGAAGACGCAGCCGCACAGAUGAUCUCAAGUGGAGUCGCUUACCUUUGGCCUUCGCCUACAGAGAACCUUAUCUGUUUGUGACCCACUUCAACUCACUCGAAGUAAUCGAGAUCCAGGCCCGCUCCUCUCUGGGGACCCCUGCCCGAGCGUACCUGGAAAUCCCGAACCCACGCUACCUGGGCCCUGCAAUUUCCUCGGGAGCGAUUUACCUGGCGUCCUCGUAUCAGGAUAAAUUAAGGGUCAUCUGCUGCAAAGGAAACCUCGUCAAGGAGACCGGCACUGACCACCACCGGGGCCCGUCCACCUCCCGCAGCCCCAACAAGCGAGGCCCGCCGACGUACAACGAGCACAUCACCAAGCGCGUGGCCUCCAGCCCGGCGCCUCCCGAAGGCCCCAGCCACCCGCGAGAGCCCGGCACGCCGCACCGCUACCGCGAGGGGCGGACCGAGCUGCGCAGGGACAAGUCUCCGGGCCGCCCCCUGGAGCGGGAGAAGUCCCCCGGCCGCAUGCUCAGCACGCGCAGGGAGCGCUCCCCCGGGAGGCUGUUUGAGGACGGCAGCAGGGGCCGGCUGCCCGUGGGAGCCGUGAGGACGCCGCUGUCCCAGGUCAACAAGGUGAGUGAGGCACCCUCCUCAUCCCCGAGGGGCCACUGUUGUAGGGAAGGGGCGCCACUACCGUACUUCGGAGUCUGCGGGACUUAACAAGUUUAGGAAGAGAACGUCUUAAGAAGGGGCUUCCUGCUGUGCAAAUGGAUAACGUGUGCACCUCAAACCGUAAGAGCUGCCAAGGGCUAUGGCGUUCCCUUUCCGGAGGCAGCCAGCGUGCACAGUUUCUAGAGAUCCUCUCUGCAUACAAACAAAUACGGAUGUAUAGUCACCCUUCUUAAACACAGGUGAUAACAUGCUAUUCAAAAGGUUCGAUGCCUUACUUUUUCAAACAUAUAUACAUCAACAGUUUCUCUGGAAGGCUACACCGAACUGGUAACAGUGGUUGCCUUCUAGAAGAACUCUGAACCUUUCAAAAUUUUUAAAUCACGUGCAUGUAUUUAUUACCUGUGUA